UGAGACCGUAUUCACCAAAAAAAAACAAAAAAAACACGGCGACUUCCGCAAUCGCUGUUAACGACAACAAACUGAAGAACCGGAGAACCGACAUCACCAAGAAAUAAAACUUUUCUUUAACAAACAUUUGGUCCGUUAUGGUAUGGAUAGCCCGAAUCGGGUGAAUGAGUUCUGGGGACGGAGCGAGACACAGAGGAUCAGUGCGUACGGGAGGACACACCUGCGGACAGGUGUCUAACCGAACCGGCUGCGCUCCACUGGACCAGCUGCGCUCUCUUAUCCGAACCGUGUACCGGCUCCCGGUGUCCCUGCUGCGGGCUCCCCUCCUCCUCCUCGUGUGGCUGUACCAGCCGAUCCGCCGAAGCAUGGCGGCCCGAGCUAAAGAUGUCGGUUCCGAAGGCUGCGAUGACACCGGAGAGCAGAUCCGAAACUAUCACAAACAGGCGUUUGAGUUCAUCUCUGUGGCUCUGCAGAUCGAUGAGGAUGACAAGGGUGAUAAGGAUCAGGCAGUGCAGUGGUACAGAAAAGGCAUCACUGAGCUGGAAAAGGGCAUCCGUAUCCAGGUCACUGGCACUGGUGAGAAGGCUGACAGAGCCAGACGACUUCAGGACAAAAUGAUCAGCAACCUCAACAUGGCCAAAGACCGACUGGCACUUCUGGCUAAACUGGUGCCACCAGCAGAGGGCAGCUCUGACCCCGCUGGAAUGUCUUUCUCCAAUGGGAAUCUGCGGCCAGGCAGUGGAGCUGUUUCUAAAAAGACUCUCACAUCUUCAAGUCAACCCCAUUUACGACCCAAAAACCCACCCAAACCUCACAGCGCCCCUGCAGCUUCCCUACAUCACACACCUUCAACCGGUCACACUGGCAGGAUCGGCCCACAGAGCAAUCAGAAGGGUCCCUCCGCAAGAGGUGCAAACAGACCUAACAGUAAAGCCAGCCACGCCCCCACUGCAUCACCUCAGAAGAAAAGAGACAUCAAGAACUUGAAAAAUGUGGACAGCAAACUGGCCAACCUCAUUCUCAAUGAGAUAGUGGACAGUGGGUCUUCAGUGCGGUUUGAGGACAUCGCAGGGCAGGAGUUGGCAAAGCAGGCCCUGCAGGAAAUCGUCAUCCUGCCUGCUCUACGACCAGAGCUGUUUACUGGUCUCAGGGCUCCUGCAAGAGGUCUCCUUCUCUUUGGCCCUCCUGGCAAUGGGAAGACCAUGCUGGCUAAAGCGGUUGCGAUGGAAUCAAACGCCACCUUUUUCAACAUCAGUGCUGCCAGUCUCACCUCAAAAUAUGUGGGAGAGGGUGAGAAACUGGUUCGAGCUCUAUUUUCUGUCGCUAGGGAACUGCAGCCAUCAAUCAUCUUCAUCGAUGAGAUUGACAGUUUGCUGUGUGAGAGGAGAGAAGGGGAGCAUGAUGCCAGCAGAAGACUCAAAACAGAGUUUCUCAUCGAGUUUGAUGGAGUGCAGUCAGGAGGAGAUGAUCGAGUGCUAGUAAUGGGAGCCACUAACAGACCUCAGGAGCUCGAUGAGGCUGUUCUCAGGCGAUUUGCUAAACGCAUUUAUGUGGCUUUACCUACAGAGGAGACUCGUUUAAAGCUGCUUAUGAACCUCCUCAGUAAACAUGGCAACCCUUUAACUCAGAAAGAGCUGAGUCAGUUAGCCAGCAUGACUAAGGGUUACUCUGGCAGCGAUCUGACCUCACUGGCCAAAGACGCAGCUCUUGGUCCCAUACGAGAACUGAGGCCUGACCAAGUGAGGAACAUGUCAGCUAAAGAGAUGAGGAACAUUCGUUUCUCUGAUUUUGUUGAUUCGCUGAAGCGUAUAAAGCACAGUGUCAGUCCUCAAACACUGGAUCAGUACGUACGCUGGAACAGAGAGUAUGGAGACACAACGGCCGUAUGACAUCAACACGCACUUGUGAUCUUAUGGUCCUGCAGAACUAUUUGAAGGAAGUGAACAAUUCUUUUUAAUCAAGAUGUGGAAUGAAACUCAUGGAAGGUGUUUAUAUUUGAACUUUUUCAAUACUUCUGCUUUUGCAGUGGAGACAUUUGGAGCUCAGGGUGACAGUUUUGAUUUAAUUACACCCAGAGAUUAAGAUCUACAGCAAUAUGGACAAAAAAGCAUGAUGAAAUGACGAUUUGAGGCGCUUACCUGCAUUUUUUGUUAAACUGUGCUUUUCUACAAAACUGAGCUCCUUCCUUACUUUGCACCGAUUCAUUUGUGAUCUAGAUAAAGCAUUUGUGAACAACAGUCUGAAGUGUUGUGUGUGCUAUAUGCAGAUGCUUUUGUUUGGUUCAUGUGUAUUCGUGUAUCUGAUGUGCAUUUGUAGCUUUGUCUUUACACAGCCAGUCAAACAACCCAAUUACUCUAUGUGAUUUACUGCCAUUAUUCUAAAGAAUUUAGGUCUUUAUUUGAUCAUUCAAUAUGGCAAACUGUUUGAAAUGCAAUGGAUUAAUCUUAUUACACAAAAGUCCAGGUUAAAAAGCCCUUAUUCACAGCAGCGCCAUAUUUGAUUUUAGACGGAAAUGAAAACGAGACUAUUCAGUUAGUUGAACUGUUGUUUAAAUGCGUGUGGAUCGUACGGCUGACGAAACGCUGGUUAAAACAUCUUUUCAAAACAUUAAGUAGACAAAAACGCCAGAGAACACUAUUUGUAAAAAAAAAAAAAAAAAUUAGGCGUAAUAUUGGAGCUGUGCCAUCAAAGAGACUAUCCCUCACAACUUAAUUCAUUCCCGCCAAAAAUAAAUAUGGCGCUACGUCCGUGAAGGUUUAUAACGGGUCUGGAGUUAUGCGUAUAGAUGAUUAAUGAAUGCUUACUGAAUGUAUAUUUUGAUCAGAAGCUCUGCAGACUACAUUUAUAUUCGGAGUAACAGACUUCUAGAGUUUUCCCCCGUUUACAGCCACUAGAGGGCAUCAACUGCUGAGACUGUGUAUGAAUGUCUCCCUAAACCUGUUAUCAAUGAACUGUUCAUAAAACUGAAAUCAAGAUAAUGUAAUGUAACGAUUUUUUUUUUUUUUUUUUUUUUUUUUAAUGUAUGCAGUGAUACAUCAGGUAAUGAUUUGAUUAAUUUGUAAAGUGAUUGAUUACACAUUCUUAAAAAAAAAAAAACUAUUUACUAAUGUUAUUUACAAUUUUCUCUUUCACUAAAAAAUAAAUAUUAUUUUAUACUCCCUCAAGUAACUGGGGAGUCCUGAUUAUUAAUUGAAAUAAAAGACCAAGAACCAAA